GCAAAUUCAUUCGAAUUCAUCCACAAUGACCAUACAAUAGUCAGCUAGAUCUAUAAUUUUAUAGUACAGAAGAUGAACUGGUUGCCUAGACUGACUCUACUGUCAGUGUGUGUUCUAUGUAUAGGAGCUGGUUGUGAAGCAUCCUCUCCAGCCUUUGCUGGUUAUCUUUUUAGUGCUUUCCAAAGUGCCGACAAUUUAACAAUCUCAGCAGCUGCUGUGAGCCCCUCAGGCAAUACCACCACCUACACUGAUGUCGUGUUCCCAAGUGUACAGCUACCAUCUCAGACAUGUGGGGAUCGAAAUGGGCGUUGUGAUGUCAGUGUUUUUACUAUUGAUGGAAGUACUAGAGUUGCCGUUUUAGUGGCUGUUGGAAAUGGAACUGUUGUUGCUUCAUUUGACAGACUGAACAAUGGACUGAUAUUUAUCGACCAGCAUUUUUUCUUCUUGCCUGGCAUAACUUGUUCACUUACAACGUUUGUUCAAGACGACAUAUUUUUGUAUGGUUUAUGCUAUGAAUUCACGAGCACUGAUGGUGUAGUAUUGUUGGAUGUGUAUAGGAGUGUGUUGAAUUUUGAUCAAUUGGAGCUCUCUACAUUUGAUCUCCAUGCUCCAAGAAGUACUAAUUUUUACAUUUCUCGAGGUUUUCUCUCUUCUUGUACUGGGUUCACCAAUGUUUACUGGUUUGGAAAUGCAUUUUUAUACGAUCUCAGAGUUGACAUCAGUGACUCUUCAAUCAACAGCCAAAAUAUUAGUUUGAGUGAUCCUGCCAUUGAACAAUGCUUUGAUAAUGGAACCCACCAAGUAGUGAUAUUUGAAGACAGCUCUUUAUUGGCCUACUGCAAUAAUAACAUAACUGUUGAAGUAGAUUUCUGUCAAAGAAGUGAACCUGUUGUGACAAGAACUAGAUUCUACUGUUCUGGAAGCAGGGGCACAUAUCUUGAAGUUAGUGAUAAUUUGACCGUAAAUUCAUCAGUGGAUUAUGCGAUUCCCUUCCCUUUGGAUUCAUCUGUACCGUAUGUGGGUGACUGUGUGGAAAUAAGAGGACUACUUUUCUUUGUUGGAUCGUCUACUAAUGGCUUCACUGUGCUUACCAAUGUACUGGGAAACCUUACCACUAUUCUAGCCACAGACGCUCAAGUCAAUCAUCAAGUGAUCGAUAAUCGAUUCAUACUGUACAGUAACUCCACUUCCUCCGCUCUAUUGGACCUGUCUUGUUCGGAACCGUCCGCCCCAAUUUAUGUCAGCAAUGUGUCCUUUGAGUUGUUGGCUUUUUUUCCAAAUUCUGAGUUUUCAUUCACUGAUCAACCAACUCAACCACCCACCACUGCCGCUCCCGUUCCCAGGGUAACGACUAAUGUUCCCAUGGUAACCACAGUCAAACCACCACCUACUACCAAUGAUGGAAGUACCCAAGAACCAACAGGAAUUACAAAUAGAUCUGAACCCCCUGGGACAAUGACUACCCACAAUGAUACUAUCACUUCAACGACUAGUUUGCCGCCGACUGGUAACUCCACUGGUCUCACUACUGGAGCGGUGGUUUGGAUUGCCGUUGGAAGUUUUAUUUUACUGAUGUUGUUGCUUGUAUGUGUCGGAGUUUGCUUGAGAUUGAUUGUGAAACGCACAAAAAUGCGCCGAAAAUUUUCUUAUCCAUCUAAUGUUGAAAUGUCUGUUUGUAGUAUUGACUCGCCGAUAGAAGAGUUUACCUAUGAAGAUACAUUUACACGUUCAGAAUACGGCCCCUUACAUCACGAAGAAGAGCUACUUAUCAGAGUACUACCUUCUCCACACAACCGCCAAUCUGUAAUCAUUUCAGAUCAUCAAGGAUCACUAGCACAAUCUCAACUGCCAACACUGUUAACUAACCCACCACCCUCACCUGAUAGCCCACCCCCUCCGAAUGUACCGCCACCUGUCUUUGCGUCCCGUUGUCCGCCAUAUACAAGCGUCGAUGUUUCUUCAACCUCACCUCCUGAUAGCGAUACGAUCACACAAUCAGACUCGGCAAGUCGAGAAUCUCAAGAAGAUAUGAGCUGUAGAGACACGGAAGCUGUUCAACUAACAGACAAGUUAACACCAUAUGAAGUGCCAGCAAUCCCCUCAGAGGAACCUCAGACUCACACAAAUGUCAAUCUAACAUCUACUUCAACAACAGAGCCCGCUGAACAUUUAAUGGACGCUGUUGCUGUACAAGACAGAGAAGAGAAUAAAGCUACUAUUCUGAAGUCAGACACACUGCUACCAACUAAAAACUGGAGUGAAAAAAUUCGUAAUGUUAAAAUCGAAAGAAGCGUUCAAGAAAUACGUUGUAAUGCCGAUCCUCAUCAUCAUGCUUCUCAGUCCUCACUCGCUGUUUCUGAAAAGAGUGAUGAGGCGGACAAUGGACCAGAAAUUAAUCGCUCAACUGUGACAGGCCAUGCGAACCUAAUUCUAUCCAAUAACAUUCACUCUGACGAACACGCAGCCACUUUACAAAGGAGAGACAAGAAAGUGGAUGAAUACAAAAUACCCAAAGAAAGGCCUGAACAUACCACCACUGAGGAACUUACCACUAUUGAUGAUUCUGCAGAGCCAUUUGUUUUUGCUCCAGACCCACCAAGUAGCAAACCAAACAGUGACGACGCUAUACAGCGUCUCUCUGGUGAAGUGGAGUGUCAUAGUGAUGAGAUGAAGAUUUAUACGGACUCGUAG